AUAUAUAAAUUAAAUAAUAUAGAUAUAAGAUAAUAGAUUAUAGGGAAAUUAGUAAUCGCGAAGCUUUUCUCUAUUUCCAUGUUUUCAUGAUUAUUGAUGUGAAUCUGGCAUUCUGGGCUCUGGCAUCUACCCCUUGUAUCUUGAUUCUUGACCAUCGAAAAAUAAAAAUUCUCAAUUAUGAGUGAAACAUUGAAAAUGUUAAAAGAACAAUCUAAAAAAAGAAAAAAAUUGUUAGCAAAAAUGCUUGGGUUUUCUGAUGUUCAACAAUUACGACGAGCUUUGAAUACUCAUAGAGAGGAUAUGCCAAUGAGUUCUGUUCGUAAAGUAAUAAAUAAAUGUAAUGCCCAACCAAAGAGUCCAGAACAUACAUACAAUGAUUCGUCAACAUUUCUCAAAGGCACACAAUCGUCGAAUCCGCAUAAUGAUUAUUGCCAACAUUUUGUUGAUACUGGUCAACGCCCACAAAAUUUUAUAAGAGAUGUGGGCCUUACUGACAGAUUUGAAGAAUAUCCUAAGCUAAGGGAAUUGAUUCGUCUAAAGGAUGAACUUAUACAACAAACUGCUACUCCUCCAAUGUUUCUGAAAUGCGACCUAAGCACAUACAACUUAAAAUCAUUGAACAUAAAAUUUGAUGUUAUACUUAUCGAGCCCCCACUUGAAGAAUAUCAACGAACCUUGGGAGUAACCAAUACAAAACUAUGGAAUUGGAACCAGAUAAUGGACCUAGAAUUAGGCGAAUUAGCUGCCAAUCGUAGUUUUAUUUUUCUUUGGUGUGGUUCAUCUGAUGGUUUGGAUAGAGGCCGUGAUUGCUUACGUCGGUGGGGUUUUAGACGCUGUGAAGAUAUUUGUUGGAUUCGAACAAAUUCUAAAAAUCCUGGACAUUCAAAAAACCUAGAACCAAAUGCUGUCUUUCAACGCACGAAGGAACAUUGUUUGAUGGGCAUCAAAGGAACAGUUCGUCGAUCUACAGAUGGUGACUAUAUUCACGCUAAUGUUGAUAUUGAUUUGAUCAUUAGUGAAGAGAAUGAACAUGGUUCUAUAGAAAAACCUGUUGAAAUAUUUCAUAUUAUUGAACAUUUUUGCCUAGGAAAAAGAAGAUUACAUUUAUUUGGUCGAGACAGUACUAUACGCCCAGGAUGGCUUACUUUAGGACCUGAAUUGACUAAUUCUAACUUCAACACAGAAAUGUAUAAUGGAUAUUUUAGUAAUGGUCAAUUAACAACUGGUUGUACUGACCGUAUUGAGGUACUUAGACCAAAGUCUCCUCCACCUAAAUGUAAAAUACCUAUAGGAAUAAGAAAAAGCAAUUCUUGUAUAAAUAGAGGUAGAGGAAGAAUAUAAUAUUUAUUGUUUAAUGGUAAAAGACUUGAAUUUAAAAAGAUUUAAGUUAAAUUAGAAUAUAUACAGUGUGAUCACGAUAAGUGGAAACACUCAAUAACUUUGUGCAAGUUUCAUAUAUUUAAAUUCUGCUUUUUUGGCUUACUAAUAAACAUUAUUAUACACAUUUUUAGAUAAUUAAACUAAAUUUGUCACAAUUAAUUUUACGCAUGCGCACAAAAUUUUUUUUUUAAAUGACGAUCUAUUUUCGACCACAAAUUAUUUUUUAAUGAAUUUUAGUGAAUGAAUUUCUUUUCUAAAUUGAAAAUUUCCCAAGUAAUAGCAACUUGAUUUUAUAUUAUUUGCAUGGGUAUAACAGUUUAUAAAAUACUUAAUAAUAAUAAUAAAUAUGUAAUAAUAAAAAUAAAAAUAUUAGUAGUAAGAUUUCUUACUAAAUCUUCUCCCAAACAUGUAAGAUGACCUUCCACUAAACAUAAGAGCAAAUUUAAUAUUCCAACAAGUAGAGCUCCAGCCCACAAUGCCAAUAUUGAUAUUUUAUAAUCUAUUAUACCAGUGCAAAUAAAAUAAAAUCAAGUUGUUAUAACUCAGCCAAUUUUUAACUUAGAAAUGGAAUUCAACCACUAAAAUUCAUAUAAAAUACAGAAAAAAAUAAUUUGUGCUUAUAAAUAGGUCAUAUAAUUUAAACAAAAAGUUUUUGUGCGCAUGCUCGAAAUUAAUUGUGACGAAAAUAUUUUAAUUAUCUGACAAUGUGUAUAAUGUUUAUUAGUAAGCCAUAAAAGCAGAUUAGAAAUAUAUGAAGCCUGUACAAAGUUAUUGAAUGUUUCCACUUAUCGUGAUCACGCUGUAUAUUAAACUUUCUUUCUCCUAUGUCUUAAUAGGUAUUUAAUCUUGCCGAAAUAUCAAUAUCCUAAUGUCGCUUGGACUUUUAAGUACUAUUUAUUUUUUAACCUAUUUAAUUUAUAUAAGAUAGUUAUCUUUCAUAGUUUCAUUUUAUACUAUAUUAAAUCUGAAGACUUACAAUAAUACUGAUGUGUAAAAUACUUAAUAUUAAAUCAUAGAAAAAUAGAUUUUAUCUACCAAAAAGUAACAAAUUAAAUAAUGUUGAUCUAUAUGAAAUACUUGUUACCUCUAAAGUGAUCAUAUUUAUAUUUUUCUGUAUAUACUAUUAACUUUAUUUUUAUUUUUAGCAGUCAAUUUUAAAUUUAAAUAUUUUAACUUGCAUUUAUAGUAGUUUAUUCUUAUAUUAUGAUCCAAGCAGUUCACUACGGCCACUGUGUUCUAAGUAUGGCAAAUGCAAUACCAAAUUUAGGUUGGUAGUGCCAAUCGGGCGAUAAUAGUCCGUAGAGUGUAAGUACACAAUUUAUAGAUACUUGGACUAACAUAUUGUAUAAAGAACAUACAAUUUGUGCUA